UGAUCAGAAAGGGCCACAAGCUGAUUUGUGUAAGAACUUUCCAUGAUGUGCUCAACUCUCAACAGUAUUGUGUCUUCUCUGCAGAGAAAUGGAAUAUUUAUCAAUUCUUUAAUUGCAGCCUUGACUACUGGUGGACAACUCUUCUCCUCUUUCACAUUCAGCUGUCCUUGUCAGGUUGGAAAAAAUUUCUAUUAUGGUUCCGCUUUUCUGGUUAUUCCUGCCUUGAUCCUUCUGAUCGCUGGCUUUGCUUUGAGAAGCCAAAUGUGGACAAUUACUGGUGAAUACUGCUGCAGCUGUGCCCCUCAAUACAGGAGAAUCAGCCCCCUGGAGUGCAAGCUGGCUUGCCUUAGGUUCUUCAGCAUCACUGGGAGGGCAGUUGUUGCUCCAUUAACCUGGCUGGCGGUGACCCUGCUGACGGGAACGUAUUAUGAAUGUGCAGCAAGUGAAUUUGCAUCUGUGGACCACUACCCAGUGUUUGAUAAUGUCAGUGCCAGCAAACGUGAAGAGAUCCUAGCUGGGUUUCCAUGUUGCCGAUCAGCUCCUGCUGACGUGAUCCUAGUAAGAGAUGAAAUAGCUCUUCUGCACAGAUUCCAGUCACAGAUGCUAGGUUGGAUUCUGAUCACCUUGACAACCAUUGCUGUCUUAGUCUCCUGCUGUGUGGCAAGGUGCUGCUCUCCCCUCACCUCUCUGCAACAUUGCUACUGGACCAGCCACCUCCAGAAUGAGAGAGAACUCUUUGAACAAGCAGCAGAGCAGCACUCUCGGCUCCUCAUCAUGCAGCGCAUAAAGAAGCUAUUUGGCUUCAUUCCUGGAAGUGAGGAUGUCAAACACAUCCGUAUUCCUUCUUGUCAGGACUGGAAAGAAAUUUCAGUACCCACUCUUUUAUGCAUAGGUGAUGACUUGCGAGGUCACUAUAGCUUCCUUGGAGAUAGGGUGGAUGAGGAUAAUGAAGACAGAUCAAGAGGUAUUGAAUUAAAACCUUGAUUUCAGCACCUUUUACAAGUCAGAUUGCUUAGCAGACACUUGGCUUUUGUGAUCAAGAUGUUUCAGUGUAAUCUCUUCAUCUUUUUCUUUCUCUUCUGAUAUUUGUUUAUAUAAGCCCAUCUCAAAUAUUUCUAAAAUCAAUUUAUUAGAUAAUUGUGCCAAUCUCUCUUUUUGAAAUUUUAUCAAUGGUCUGGUAAUGCCUAGAGUGUCAUUUUGGCCUAAUUAAAAACAGUACGGAAUGUGAACUCACAUGGAAAUUUGCAUCUUAGUUCUGUUAUUUAGUAGCUGUAUGAAAAUUAAUAUUUCUGAGAGCUAUUUUGUCAUCUGCACAUUGUAGCUACCCGCUAGAGCUACUGUGAGAAUUAAACAUGAUAACACAAAGUAUUUAGCACAGUGUUUUUCA